GAUGGCUCAUGUGACCUGUGCUCCUGCUCGCUGGUGGACGCGUUUGCUCCCCCGCUGACCGACGCCGGUUUCGACCUGGAGGAGGCAGGAGGGUUCGCGGGUGCCGAGAUGGCGCUGAGGGACUGCGUCGGCAUCCUGGCCGUGCCUCUGGCUCAGGCGGGGGUCCCCCUUCAAUCGCUCCUGGGGCUGGCGGAAUGCGGCUACACCAGGGAGAAGUACCCCGACUGCAUCCGAGCGCACAUCCUGGACGUCCCCAGCCCUCAGACCCCCGACGAAGGUUGCUUCUGUACCAUGGACCUGGAGCCCGUGUGCGACCACAACGGCUAUUGGUAUACCAAUCUCUGCGUCGCGGGCUGCAGGGGCGCGGAAGAGGUUGAGCCAUGCUUGCCGGCGUUCAGCGAGGCAAUGGGCAGGGAGGUUCCAGUUGGCAUGGGCGGAGAGGGCGGCCGGCUGGCUUGGAGGGCGGGGUGCGUCUGUGCGCAGGAGACGGGUGCCACGAGGCCCGUCUGCGACGUCGGCGGGAGGCGGUACUCCAGCGCGUGCAUCGCGGACUGCCAGGGGAUCACGACGCAAUUCGACUGCUCCAAGCUUGUCGUGGAUUUCAAAGCGCGGAUGUCUUCAUCAAACGUGAUUGAAGAACAGGACGUUGGCAAAAGGCCAAUAGGCAAGGGAAUCGACAAUACGAGCAUUCGCCAGCCAGGCAGUCCGGGUGAUGCAUUUGAUGUGCCUGCAACUACAGUUUCCGCCGGCGCCAAUCCAAAAGACGGUGGGACGUCCAUAUCUCCAGAGGUGGCCGCUGUUCUGGAGCAGUUUGGCAUCAACGUCGAGCAGCUUCCGCCGGGCUUCACUCGGGUGGCCUUCAAAAUAUUCAACGGGGAGCAG